AAAGGAAAGCUGAGGGCGGCGAGAGGCGGCGUGGAGGCGGUGCCGUGAGGGCAGCGGUACACUAGGGUCCCAGUCGUUGUUGGACCAUCGUACCAGCAGGAGCUAUAGCAAGAUGGUCACAACGGUGCCGGGUGCGGCGCUGCUGCUGAUGGUGGUCGCAGGAUGUCUAGCAGCCACCAAAGAACCAGAACUUAUCACGGAGCCGAAGCCAGGCCAGGCGUACGUCAGCAUACACGCCGGGUCUACACACAGCCCUAGUGCCCCGGUCCCCGCCGUCCCCAAGGCCCCGGCGCGCCUGAGGCCCCGCGCGGCUGACGAAGAACUUCUCAAGGUCAGGGACACGCGGCAGGUCUCACACGAUGAACUCCAUGUGCAGGUUACAGAUGAGGGGACCAAGGGAGUUGUUGAUGAAUCAGCUAAAGCUGACAGUGAAGAGAAGAAAAUCAUGGCAAGGAAAAUAGACACAAUUAAUCAGAAAAAGGUAGAAAAGAAAGAGAAGGACUUUGUGGAAGAUAAGGAGUUCCCCCUCAAAACCAAAGAAGGAUUUAAGAAGGUCCACAUAGAACUGGAAGGCAACUCAGGAGUAAAGGCGGCACCAGUGCACGAAGAGGUCGAUGACAUUGCUGUACCACAACAGAAGUACAUCACAGUUCCGAAAGUCAUUCAACCAACAACGAUUUCACCUAAGAAUCACUACGACGUGAUUCAAGUGAAUAAGCCUUCAGUGAAACAACAGAUCGAAGACGAAGGAACCUUUGACUUUGUAGAUUCUCCAUUGGGCGACAAGCAGCUCGAGUCAUCAGGAUCAUCUCAGGCUUCUAGAGUCAAUGUCAAGAAGGGACCAAACGGUCAAGAGUAUGAAUAUGAAUAUGUCUACUACUACUACGAUGAGGAUGACGAGCUUGUGGGCCCUGCCAAGCCAGCCCCAGGCCCUGCCAAGGCCCCAACUACGAGAGCUCCGCCUCCUCCCACCACUGAGGCCCCUGUGAGGCGACGACCCCAGCCCCAGCCACAGCCCCAGCCAGAGGAGGACGAACAAGACUUGGCUCCUGUUAGAAACAACGGCAGAAACAGGUACACAACAAUAGAACGCACCCGAGGGUCAGUCCCAGAGGUUGUGGAGGUGACGUCACCCGAGCCAGCCAGUAAUGAAGUCCUUCCGCAGACGACACGAGGAGGAAACAGCAGAUUCCGAGGCCGCACUGUCCAAGCUACUCCAGAGCCCGUGGAGCAGGAUCUGUCAGAGGAGAGACUCCCAGCCAACACAAGGUUUCCUCCACGUAGCCGCUCCAACCACAACAGUAGUCCUGUCACCACACAAGCUACGCUGAGUGCCGACGACACUCCCAUCACUAGGAUCAGAGGCAGUGUAAGACGCCCGAGCCUGGAGCUUGUAGACAGCAGCUCCUUCCGUACUCACUCCAGUGACGUCUCCCCAGACCAGGACCACACACAGGCUCUCAGCGACCAGGAGAUCCCUCCUAGAGGCACGACUCAGACACGUGGACGAGUGAGGCCAGCAACCGAGGACAGUCUGUCAAUCGCAGUUGUUCCUCCGUCGACUUUCAACGAGCCACCAACAAGGUUUGGAAAUGAGCCUACUAGAUACAGCGAGGCCACUCGUUUUGCUAGUGAAGCAUUGGCCACAAGGUUUGGCGGCACAACUAGGGAGUCAGACCUGAACGAGUAUGUCACUGACGAGCGAUUGUCAUCACAGCCCAAGACUACAGGCACUGGACUGACCAAUGACGUUACUACUGAACACACUUCCACUGCCCCGACGGCUACCGGGUUUGUAGCAGCCAUGACAGACAAGGCAGCUUUCGAUCUCUACGCUUUGCUCAGAGAAACUGAAAACGAACAGUCGAAUCUCCUGACAUCCAACGAACACACCUCAUCAGAGGAGGCAGAGACGACGGAACUAGAAGAUGACUCAACACAACCACCAACCACUGUUGUUGUAACAACCGUCCCAACUACGACAACCACAACUACAACAACAACCACGACGACAACCACCACACCUGAGCCUCCGUUGGCUGCACUGCCAGGCAGAGGCAGGUAUAAGGGCGGAGCGGGUGGACGUACCAGAAUACGCCCUGGGUCUGGCUCUAGCACUCAGAGCUCCACCACAACCACCACAGAAGCCAACGAGGAUGUCACCAAGAGAGCAAAGUUCUCUCCAAGCAGAAACCGGGAAUCUGGACAGGUGUCCGCCUAUGGUAGACGGGGCUCCAAGACAACAGCUGCCCCCGAACAAGUAUCCAGCAGUAAGACAGCAGCAGCUGAGAGCACACCCAGGGCUCCAGGCAGAGGUCGCUACCGUGGUGGGUCUCGCACCUCCCCCGCCGCUACUGAGGCUGCCCCCGCUACCUCUCCUACAUCUGCCCCCGCGCAGAGCUUCUCUCGACCCACUUUUGGUAGCGAGAGGUUCAACCCAAGACGGAGGGGAAGUACUCGAGUGACAUCAACAGUGGCUCCAGCAGAGACUGAGGAUAAGGUGGAGCCAAGCGGAGACUCAGAACCUGGUGCAGACGACAGCGCUUCAGCCUCCUCUACAGCUCGGCCUACAAGACCCCGUCUAAACAUCGGAGGUGGUGUGAGGCCUCUGAGGCCAGGCCCAAGGAUCAACAUCGGAGGACGAGGCAGGCUAGGAGGGCCGCAGACGACGGCAGCCCCAGCGCCUGUGUCGGAGGAACCAGUGGCUCCCGUCCAACAGUCCGAGCCUAGUGAGCAGCCUGAACAACCAGAUCAAACAGCAGAAACGACUACGAGUUCUUCAGCUGACGCAUUGACGAGGUUACGUAACCGUCCCCGCCUACAGGUGGGGCCCAAGGCCAAGGUGGCAGCUCCUCCUAGUCCCCCCGCCAACCGACGUCCUCUGCCCCCUGGACUCCUAGGCAGACGGCGCCCAGGCGUCACAGAGCCUUCAACUGAGGCCACUUCCUCCACCGAGGCUGAAGAAGAACCUGCCGAAACAUCAGACACAGUUCCAACAACCUCGUCAACUACUGAGGCAGCCCCACAGGAGCCGGCAUCACGACUCUCCUCCCUUAUUGGCCCCCGCCGUCGACUACCUGGCAGACGACCAGGCCUACCAACGCGCCCUGCCCCAGUGGAGGAGUAGACUUGCCAACAAUUCAAAUGAACAAUGAUGUUUGCUUGACAAACCUAUCAGGUUAAAAAAUCAAAAUUAUAAAACUAAAGUUGAUUUUCAAAAUUAAGAGAAGUGUCAACCGUGCCUUGAUGUUUCAAUGAUGAACACUGACAAUUUUUUUAAAAAGUGGUUUGUUAUAAGUUAUCACUUGAAUUGAACACGAAAGUGGUUUUGAAUUACUGUGUUAUAAACAGCUUGGCUUAUUUUAUUUUAAUACUACAUUUAGUAUGGUAGAAGACUGUAUUAUAAUUUUAAGUGUUGCUCAUCCCUACAGGUGGUGAUCAAAUGCAAUGCAUACAAAUCAAAAUAGCAUAUUUUUAGAAUAUUAUUUUCUAUGUCUUCAUUUCCUAUAGUGAUUGUAUUUGAGUAAGACAUUUCAAAAUGUCCAAUGUUAAACUUAAUUUAAUUAGCCUAGAUUUUUUAAAACCAUAUCAGAUUUAGCGCCUAAAUGUUUUCUAGUUUCUACUAAAUUGAUUGAGGAGUGCCUCAAAGCAUUAUUUUGUGUUUUGUGUCAUUAUUUAAGAUACCUAAGACUACUCAAUUGUAUUUAUAAACAAAACACUAAUAAGUGGCGUAAACUGUAAACAAAAUACACUAAGAUAUUGUUAUUAGAGUGAUGUAUUAUUGAGUGUAUUUUUGUAAAAACGGCAGUGCCAAUCUUUGUACAUAAUGUAUGAUUAAACGUGUAUUAACUACAUAA